GAGAGAGAGACAGAGAUCUAGAAAGAGAGAGAAAAAAAAUGGCGGAAGCUAUCAUCCUCGACAUUGCUAAAAAUAUCAUUGAUAGUCUAGUUCCUCAAGAACUAGAAGAGAUCGGAAGAUAUGGGGCAUCAAGGAUGACCUCGAGAUGCUCAGGGACAUCGUCUCCACGGUUCAAGCAGUACUAGACAAUGCAGAAGAGCAAUAUUACCAAAGUCAUGAAAUCCAAGUUUGGCUUGGUAAGAUGAAAGACGCUUUAUAUGACGCGCUGGACGUGCUUGAAGAAUUCAAUAUAGAAGCUAUGCGACGAGAGUUGAGGGGUCACAAUGAAAUGAUGAAGGAGGUAAGGACAUUUUUCUCAAAUUCAAACCAGCUUGCUUUUAAAUUGAAGAUGAGUUACAAAGUAAGAGCAGUGAGGGAAAGAAUAGAAGCCAUUAACGCUGGUAAGAGAUUCCACUUGAACGAGCGCCCUAUGGAUUUGCAAGUAGAGAGAGAGCAGAGGAAGAGAGGGGAGACGCAUUCAUUUAUACGUGAGGAGGAUAUUAGAGGGAGAGAUGGUGAUAAGAAGACCAUCAUGGAAUUCUUAUUAAAUUCAAAAAUGAAUGAGAACGUUUCCAUCCUUCCGAUAGUUGGUAUUGGUGGGCUUGGAAAAACAACUCUCGCUCAAUUUGUAUUUAAUGAUGAGGUGGUCAGUAAACAAUUUAACUUGAAAAUGUGGGUUUGUGUCUCUAAUGACUUUGACAUGAAAAAAAUAGUGAAAAAUAUCAUAGCUUGUGUAGAAAAGAAAGAACCAAUUGAGGGUGCAAUGGAAAGAUUGCAAAGAGAAUUGAGGGGAGCAAUCGAUGGAAAGAGAUAUCUUUUAGUUUUAGAUGAUUUGUGGACUAUAGAACCAGAAACAUGGUUGAGCUUCAAAACUUUAUUGGUCGGAGGUGCUAAAGGAAGCAAGAUCCUUAUAACUACACGCCUUCCUUUGGUGGCAAAGAUCACCGGUGCUACUUCGCCUCAUUUUCUCGAAGGCUUAUCUGAAAGUACAUCUUUUGAUUUACUAAAGCAAAUGGCUUGUUGUAACGAAGAGGAGUUACAAGAUCCUGACAUGCUUGCUAUUGGUAAAGAUAUAGUUAGAAAGUGUUGUGGUGUUCCAUUAAUUGUUCGAACUGUUGGGAGUUUACUAUUCUUUAAGAAAACUAAACCCGAAUGGUUACAUUUCAAAGAUUAUGAGCUCCCAGAAGUGUCUCAAAGGGAAGACCGCAUAAAAUCGGUUCUGAAGCUAAGUUAUGACCAUCUUCCUUCACAUUUGAAACAAUGUUUUGCAAUUUGUUCAUUGUUUCCCAAAGAUUAUGAGUUUAAGAAGCAGACUUUGGUCGAUCUUUGGAUGGCAGAAGGAUUUAUCCGGCCAUCAUAUAGAGGUCAACAUUUAGAAGACAUUGCUCAUGGAUAUUUCAUGGAUCUACUUUGGAGCAACUUCUUCCAAGAAUUUCAAGAGGGUGCGGGAACUUGCAAGAUGCAUAAUUUGAUGCAUGAGCUAGCUUGCUCAGUUGCUGGGACCGAGUGUUGGGUGGCAUGGGAUGAUACAAAACCAUACAUGAAAGAACUCGUCAUAUAUCUCGUGAUUUAACUUCCAAGUUGAUGGGUAAACUUUUAAUCUCACAAUUGAAAGCAAGUGCAUUGAGAACAUUUUUGUCCGUUGCUAGAUUUGAGAGAAUGGAGCCACCAAGUGAAGCACAAAUAUGCCAACUCAUUCAAAGUUUCAAAAGAUUGCGCAUCUUGGAUUUGCAUGCCACGUAUUUUGAGAAUGUGCCAAGGUCCAUUUAUAAGUUGAAGCAUCUUACAUAUCUCGAUCUCUCUGACAAUUAUGCACUCAAAAGGCUUCCUAACUCCAUCACGAGAUUGCAGAAUUUGCAAACACUUAAUCUUCCCUAUUGUACAUCCCUUGAAGAAUUGCCAAGGGGUAUAAGGAAGUUAGUCAACCUUCGAAAUCUAAACAUAGAUGGUUGUUAUAAACUUAGUUAUAUGCCAAGUGGACUAGGGCAAUUGAAUUCCUUGCAUAGGCUAACACACUUCAUUUUGCCUGAAAGUAAUGCUCUUGCUAAGAAAUAUUGUGGACUUGGGAGCUAAAUAUGGCUUAAUAACAUUCGGGGAGAACUUUCUAUUAAAAAUUUGGGAAGCGUGACAGAUGCAGUAAAAGAAUCCAAGGCGGCGAACUUGAGAGAGAAGCGUUCUCUGGAAUGCUUGGUUCUUUCGUGGGGCAUUUUCGAUAUAACUGAUGAAGCAAUGAUUACAAAGAGAGAUGAAGCACUAUUAGAUGGAUUGAUGCCCCCCGACAACUGCAGAAGUUGACUAUAUUUGAUUAUAAUGGGGAGAGUUUCCCAGGUGGAUGACUGAGUUGCCCAAUUUAGUUGAGUUAACAUUGACGCGGUGCGAAAGAUGUAAACAUUUCCCCCAAUUUGGCCUUAGUAAGUUGAAGCGUCUCUACAUCUAUGGGAUGAAGCUUCUAGAACAUUUGCCUAGGGUGUGUUUGGAAAGUCUUACCUCACUCGAAUCUCUCAAAAUCAUCUAUCUUCCUCGGUUAACUUCCCUUCCACUUGGUUUGCGGCAUCUAUCGAAGCUCGUGGAUCUCUCUAUUAGGGAUUGCAAGGAGCUCGAUUUAUCCAAAGAUGAAAGCGGCAAAAUCAUCUUGGAUUUCCAUGGGCUUCAGAGUCUCCGAUCUCUAGAGAUCCGUAAUCUUCCCAAACUAGAAUCUCUCCCACAGUGGAUUCUACAGCUCCGCAAUCUCCAGCGUCUCGAAAUUUCCAAUUGCCCUAAUUUUAAGGCAUUUUCAGAGCAAAUCGAGGACCUUGAAUCACUUCAACAACUUUUUAUCGACGCCUGCCCCUCGUUGACAUCAUUGCCUGAAGGAUUGCAAAGGCUCACAUCCCUUACUUACCUAGAAAUCUACAAUUGCCUAGAAUUGGAGAAGAGGUGCAAAAGAGAUGCAGGCGAGGACUGGUACAAGAUCGCUCAUAUCCCCGACAUAUAUAUCAGGCCCUAAUUCUAUUUCUGAAGGCUAGACAGAAAUGGCGUAGAUUUUGGCACCGAUGACAUGUUGACAGUUGAGGAUCACAAAGAACUCACCGACUGCUAGUCCUGUGGCAAGAAAAACAAGGAUUUCUCUCUUGCUAAAACAUAAAAAUAAUAGAAACUCCUAGAGCGUUUCUAAGUUCAGGAUGUAUGCUUUGAAGUCCGAGAACAAUACUACUACAUGCUCUAGAGUCUUCUCAACUUGGAUGUCACGCCCUAUGCCAAUACCAUAAUUGCAGAAUACAUUUGGUCGCCUAAAAUUGGAGGAGAGGUGCCAAAAAGAUGCAGGCAAGGACUAGUACAAGAUGUCUUAUAUCCUGCACCUAAAGUUGAUAAAGGUAUUUACAGGGUGUGGGAAUUUGGCUUUAUUCCCAUCGUGAGUUAGGUUGUAGAUAUAGUGUGCAAUCUGCUUAUUUGAUUUCACAAGGAGUGAAAUGCCUGCAUGGUCUGAUGAUUCGGGAAAAUCUCAUCGAUGGAGUGAUGAAAUGUUCCUCUCAAGAACUUUAUCUCAACGUGUUCCCAAAGUAUUGAGAUUUUGGCAUAGAUUUGCGCAGCAAAUCAAGGUGAUCCCUAGACCUGUUGCACACCCGUUUGGACUUCCAAAGUGAAAUUACUGUGGAUUAAAAUGCUGGUCAAGCUCCAAGUCUCUCACUGAAGAGUUAGAAGGAAAUGCAAUGGUGGGGAGAGGGAGAGAGAAGGGAAAUGCACAUUCUUGGUUUGCUGUUCAGUCAUUCUACAGAGGUUCUCGGACUAGGUGAAAAUGGCGCUGAUUUUGGCACCAAAGACAAUGCCAGAUAAGCAUCACAAAGAAGUCACUGACUAGCAGUCCCAUGACAGCAAACACAUGGAUUUCUCUCUUGCUAAAACAGAAGAAGAGUGGAAACACCAAGAGCUUUUCUGAGUCAAGGUGUAUGCUUUGAAGUCCAAGAACAAUACUACUAUAGGCUCGAAAGUCUUCUCAACUUGGAUGUCAUGCCCUACACUAAAACGGAUUGGAGGUUCUAGCAUAGAUCUACACGGCAAAUCAAGGAUGAUCCCUAGACAUGUUGAGCACCUGUAUGAACUUACCCUAGUGAACUUUGAUGGAUCAAGCACUGGUCAAGCUCCAAGGGAGGAUAGUGAAGUGAUCUUAUAGUAAGAUGACAUUAACCCCAAACUGUCUUACUAUAUUUACCUUCACAUCAUUCCAUCAAGUUUGUGAUUUUUUAACAACCCUCAAGCAAUUGUCAAGGAUCCUUUUAGAGAUGGCAAAAGUAUCUUGGUGAUCAUCCCCGGAAAAAGGUAUUAUGUUGUCAAAUAUCGUUCAUCCAUAAGAUCAUCUGAGCAGGUUAAUUAAACGAGAAAGGACAUUUCAAUUAGUUUACAGAGAAUAAUUGUUCAUCUGCAUGCUCUAUGCGAUUCAUACACACUAGCUGCAUGAGCCGAUCCCAACAAACAGACGUGCUGAAAUUUUCAGCAAUCCAAAGUUUUUCAAUGAAGUUUAAUAGUAGGAGAUCUAGAAACAUGAGUUUUCUAGUAUGAGCUAGAAAGUUUUGAAAUGGACAGGUUCAUGAAUUUGGCUACAUGUUCACAUUAGGUAUGGGAUUGAGCAAAGAAAACACCCUACUGCAGACAAAUGUUCAAUGGCCAUUGGGUUGGCCUGUUGAGGAUAUCGAGGACCCCAGGGCCUUAUUAUUAUGGUGUUAGGGCUGAUAAGUCAUUUGGCCAAGACAUAUAGAUGCUCACUACAAGGCUUGCUUAUAUGCUAGUAUCAACAUUAGUAGCUCCAAUGGAGAGGUGAUGCCGGGCCAGUAAGAAUACCAAGUGGGACCAAACAUGGGAAUUGAAGCAGGAGAUCAUAUAUGGUGUUCAAGAUACCAUCUUGAGGGUGACUGCAACGGUGUAGGAUGCCACAUUAAUUGCAGGUUCACACCAUAGAAAUAACAGGGACUUGAUUAAGUAUUUUUGUUUAUUGAAGGACUUUAAGAGUGCAUUUGCCCUCCAUUCUGCAAUACCAAAAGCAUGGGAGAAGAGGGAGGCUUUGAAGUGAU